UCGAGUCAAUAUUUUCAUUUCGUUUGACAGCAAACUUUGCUUAGCAAAGUAAUCCGGUGUAUAAAAAACUUUUAGAUUUAUUGUCUAGAAAAAUUAACAUUUAUACAUUUAAAAUAGAAAUUUAAAUAGGAACAAUGGGACGGCGUUCUAUUAAUACCACUAAAAGUGGGAAAUAUAUGAAUCCUACGGAUCAAGCAAGAAAGGAAGCGCGUAAAAAAGAGCUGAAGAAAAAUAAACGACAGCGACAAAUGGUCCGGGCAGCUGUCCUAAAAAAUAAAGACCCGGGGCAAAUAUUGGAAGAAAUGGAAAAAAUUGAUGAAAUGGAGUAUAAUGUAUUGCAACCGUCACCGUUAAAUGAAAAGGUUCUUCGGGAUAAGAGGAAGAAGUUGAAGGAGACUUUUGACCGUGUGAUGCGUCUUUAUCACAAUGAUGAACCCGAGCAUUGGGCUGAAUUAAAACGGAAAGAAGUGGAGUAUGAAAAGAAACGACUCAAAAAGCAACAAUAUUAUGAAAGUGUAAAGCAUGCACAGAGUGUACAAAUUGACGAAAUCCCUCUACCAGCCUCAACCCAGGGUUCCAAUGCUAGUUCUACGGGCGCUUUGACGUUCCAUGUCGCCAACAGAUUACCACCUCCACCAACAUCAUUAUCCUUGCCACCUUUUGCCCCUGGGGCGCCACCUGGUAUUAUAAAAAAAAAUCAAGAAGCGACCACAAAACCAGCUGACAAAACUAAUGAUGUCAAAAAGAAAGAGCUCUUAGGUGUUCCGCCUGGACCGCCACCUAUUCUUCUCCAAAUGAAUGACUUAGACACAGAUGCCGAAGAUGAUGAAGUUGAUGUGAAAGAUUAUAAUCCAAAAUUAAAAGCUUCAAAGUCGAAAUCAUUAAGUAAGCCAAAUUCUUUGCAGCAACGGAUGCUAGCUAUCUCAGGUCAAAAUAUUGAUGAAUUUAUGAAGGAAAUGGAAAAUGUACACAAAAAGAAAGAAAAGGAGCGAGAGGCUGCUUUGCGCGGCGAUGAAGCGUCUUCGUCUGAUGAAGACGAGAAACCUAAAAAAUCUGAAAAUUCUGACGAUGACGAUAGUGCACCUGCAAGUAGUCGCAGUUCGGACAGUUCAGAUAGUGGGGAAGUAAGUGAAGAUGCUAUACAAUCUCCUAAAAGAAAGCGAAAGGAAACAAGUAGUCCAGCAAAUGUACAAGUUUCUGCUGCUACAAUUCAUGCAUCUACAGCUGUUCCUGUCACAAUUCCUUUGCCUCCUGUGCCCCCGCAUGUCGGUCCACAUCUCUCUGUUCCCGCUCCACCUAUGCCUCCUGUAGCCGGCUUGGCACCAUCGAUGAUAUUGAGGCCUCCACCAUUACGACCACCUGGAGCUCUGCAUAACUUUGGUAUACGUAUGCCUCCAGGUCCCCCACCUGGUCCACGGCUACAUGGUAUGGGUGGUAUGCCACCAAGAAUGGGUAUACGCAUGCCUCCUGGACCUCCUCCUGGUAUGCCACCUCGAAUGGCUCACCACCAUAAAAAUCAACAGCAAUUGCAUAAAGAUCAAAGUAAAGGUGUAACUACUAUAACAGCCAAACCACAGAUUAGAAAUUUGAGUGCUGAUGUUACUCGUUUCGUUCCAUCGACUUUACGUAUAAAGAGGGAGGAAACACGAAAACCUGGUACGCGAACCAAGAUGAUUCAAGAACCAAGCAUUCAAACUGCAGAAGCAAAUAAGGCGGCCACAAAGGACGAUGCCUAUAUGCAAUUCAUGAAUGAAAUGCAAGGACUGUUAUAAUUAUCAAAAUAUUCCUACAUAACGUGUGUAGUAUAUAUAAAUAAUAUAAAUUUAAAAUAUAUAAAUUUUAAUUGAUUUUA